GGAGGCGGAACUAAAGUGGAGAGAGACUCUUGUGUCCACAGCGGUUACUAGCUGGCUGCUAGCGCUGUUAGCUUCUUCCUGCCUGUGUAUGUGUCUUUAGCUCUUUUAGUUCAAAAUGGGAGAAGCAGACGUGACGCUGAAUCAACCCGACGAGAAGCCUCCGGACUCCGGCCUGGGUCCCGGAGAGGACUCGGUGGUCUGGAGCCACGAGGUGGAGGUCUGUCUGUUUCACGCGAUGAUCGGACACAAACCCGUCGGAGUGAACCGUCACUUCCACAUGAUCUGCAUCAGAGACAAGUUCAGUCAGAACAUCGGCCGGCAGGUUUCGUCCUCCGUCAUCUGGGAUCAUCUGGGGACCAUGUACGACAUGCAGGCCCUGUGUGAGAUGCAGCACGAGUCAGAGAUCCUGCCGUUUCCAAACACAGAGAAGAGCUUCUCUUUGCCUGAUGACAUCAUCCAGGAGGUGAAAGAAGGGAAGCUGGGCUCAGAGGAGGAGACCAAAGAAGAGUUCAGGAUGGAGAGAGAACCUCCAGCUACACAUGAAGAAGGCAGCAACUCGUCGGUGAAGAUGUCGGAGCGAACGAGCAGCAGUCGGGACAAGGAGAGAGAGCGGGACAAGGAGAAAGGAGGGAGUGAAGGAGGAACUGCAGGAGGAGGAGGAGGAGGAGGAGCAGGUGGAGGAGGUGGUAAGGAGGCCGAGAAGAGGAAGAGGAGUCGAGCAGCCGAGAAGCUGCUGUCGUCCUCCAACCCGGCGAGUCCGGGGGGAGCCAAGAGGAGACGCACCUGAGAGGUGGACAGACAGAGAGAGACAGACGGAGAGAGAGACAGAGACAGAGAGAGAGAGAGACUGCUGCAGUGAGAGUGACAGAAAAAUAUGAAGAAGAAGAAGAAUUUGCUGUCACUGGAGUCAAACCUGCGAGCUGCGUGUCACGUGACCGCCUGAUGGCCGCGCUGCGAAACAGGCCGGAGGAACAGGAGGAUGAAGAGGAGGAGGAGGUGGUGGAUGAGCUUGCAGCGUCUUUUCAUUGUGUUAUUUUAGUUUGACUCUGUGAGACUCAGAUCUCUCGUGUUCUGUACGUGUCUCUAACAAAGAGGAUCAGAACCACAGAGAUCCUCUUUAUUUAUUAUUCUUUUUAUUCCACUCAUUCUUCUUCUUCUACCCAAGUCAAAACCAGGCGCCUACAUUACCCACAAUGCAACUCGACCACCGACAAUUCACGCAGAGGUUUUGUGUUCUUAGAGAUGCGACGGAUCAUAAAUCUCACCACAAAAUACAAAAAGGAGUAAAUAUAACUUCUAGAUCCCUGAUUUUUUUCCCACUGAUACUAGUUAUUGAAUAUUAAUGAUCCAUAUUGACAGAUACAGAUCCCUUUGAUGUUUAUUAGAGCAGCUGGUCUACUAGGAUCCAGCCUGUUUAUCUUCUUGCCAUCGUCCCAAAAAUCAUUUCAACGCUCUGACGUCUGUAAACCAUCAAAAAUACUAAAUGUUAUACUUUACUUUGUUACUUGUUUACUUUCAUAGUUUUUUUCUUCAUAAAAACACAAUUCAAAUGAUUAGGAAAUAAAAGAUUGUAUUUAUAUUGAUAAAUAAAUCUCAUUAUUAUCUUUACUGAUGUAUAAUAAUGUUCUUAGAGCUCGUGUUAGGAAGUUAAACAUCAUAAUUCAUCUCUAAUAUCUAUUUUAUAU